GGUCCAUUGGGCUGCACGAAUGGUUUUGCCAGCACAAAACCAAUACACUCGACAGGUGGACACCACAAAAACGCAUCAAAACAAAAGACGCUGCGGCAUCGUUCUUCGUCCUUCACCUGACCACACACAUACACACACACCCAUGCAUAUCACAUGACGACGGUUGCACACAACAUUCCCGUCCUUCCGCCUCACCUGCGCAUAUGCCACACCUCCAAUUCCUUGCAGGUGAAACGGAGCUUCUUGUUGGCGAGAGUCCCCCGGUCCUGGUGAUUGGUCUGCCCCUUGUAUCCAUCGGGCAGCUCGUCCCUCCCGAGCCACUGCUGGCAGCUGCUGAGGUCGGCCGCUGGACCAGGCACGGCGAAGCCCAGCCACAGAGCUGCUGCACCGCCACCGAUGCCCACAUUGGCGAGCGGUUCGUCCUCGGUGUCCUUCACCACUCCCUGUGUGCCGGCCAAAUUCACCCACUGACUGUCCUCCGGCAUCUCGAUCUUGGUCGGCGCGUCAUACGCGCCGGACAGCGAAAAGAAGAAGACGGGCGCCUUGUAGCAGUUGGUCUCUGUGGGGUCAGCAGGUGGUGUGAGUGGGCCAUCGAUGAAGGCCCCGAAGCGGUGUGUGUCACCAUCUCGGAGGGCAAACAGCAGGCCGCUCUUGCCGUUUACCUUCUGCAGGAAAGGGCCAUACGCGAACGUAUCACGACUCGACCUGACCAACAAACACACACCAGGAUGGGUAAUGGCUGAGUGCCCAUCCCCCUCUAUCUGUGAGGCUCUCUUACUUGUAGACCAGUGUAGGCGUGGCUGCAUUCUUGCCGGUCAUGGCGACCACCCUGCCCCACUCCUCGGCUGACUUGGCGACGUACUCAUGGCCGUCGGCAGGCCGGCGGCAGUAGGGCUGAUACUUGAAACCAUACAUCUCCUGACACACAUACGGCAACAGCCACACAUGCAUGACCCCACACACGCACAACCAUGAAGAGCUGCUCCCGGGUGGUGAAUCGUCACUGCUGUUCGCCUCACCGUGUCCUCAAUGAAGUGGCGCAUCUUCCCUUGCUCGACCAGUGGAGGACGGAUGAGCUGUCCGGGGGGCAGUGUGGCGAUGCGACGGGCAAAGUCCACGAUCUUGACGAAAUGCCUUGCCGGUGUCUUGUCGACCUGACGGCCGUCCCAGCAGGGCGGAGUCCUGAUAAGACAAAAACAGUCAAGAAACCCGUGAAAACCAAUUCCAGCCUCCCGUGGCCUUGUAUGACAUUGUCUCGUACGUGGAGAAGCGUGUGAGAAGGGGGUGGUCCGGCCCCAGCCGCAUCAACGUUUUGCGCAUCACCGACACGGGGCGGCCCACGUUGUCCGUCAGAGUCAGCACCUGACUCUCGCCGCCGUCUUGACUGGCGAAGAACGGCUCCAUGGCCGUCAGGAACCGCUUGAUCUCGUCACGCACCAGCUCCAGUCCCUUGUAAGCCUUGGCGUGUGUACGAAGGGCAUAUUCGUAUGCCCUCACUGACCGCUGGAUGGCCGUGUCCACAUCAUCUGUCGCACCCCCGCUCUCGCCAUCGCCUCCCCCGCCGUCGGAAUCUGCCGUCGGCUCCACACUGGCACUGGCGGCAGCCGGCCCCGCGUGGCUGUAGCAGUGGAUCUCUUGCAUGAAGAGGGCGUGAUAGUCGCUCGAUGAGGGGUCGGCGCGCUUGCUGGACACAUGCAGCUCGACGCGGUUGGUGCGGCCCGUCUUGUAGAGCGUCAGCUCGUCCAGGAAGGCCUCGAAAUAUGCCGGUGAGACCUCCAGGUAGACGCGGCCAUUCUCAUCUCGCGGCAGGCCGUUCGCGUGAUGCAUCAGCAGGACAGAGAUGUACUUGCGCACCAUGGCGGGCAUCAGCAAGGCUUGACGACUGACGGGGAACACGGUGCCACCUGUUGUUUGCGAAAGGGCACACAGAGAGGGCGCAGUGAUGAGUGCAUCCCUCUAUUCCUUUGUCUGUGUGUGCUGUGUACCUACCUGCAUUGACUUGGAUCUCGCCGUCGGUCUCAUCAAGCUUCCACACGCCGCCCCGGGCUGACACCAUGCCCGAGAUCUCGUCGGUGAUGGCCUUCACAUCGCUUCCCGCCUUGGUUGUGUCAGCGAUGGCCUGCUGUGUGACUCUAUUGAGUGAGUCAGAAGAGGUGCGAACGAGACGGUCAGCCUUCUCACAGCCCAAAAGGCUGCUCAUGAUGCCCAGAUCUCCU